AUGGCGGACCGCUAUUCGUUCUCUCUCACCACCUUCUCCCCCAGUGGAAAGCUGGGCCAAAUCGAAUAUGCCUUGAACGCUGUCAACCAGGGCGUAACUGCGCUCGGAAUUAAAGCAACAAAUGGAAUUGUCCUCGCUACUGAAAAGAAAUCGUCUUCACCGCUCGUCGACCCUUGCUCUCUUUCCAAAGUUUCCUUAAUCACUCCCGACAUUGGCACAGUGUACGCAGGAAUGGGUCCAGACUACCGUGUACUAGUCGACAAGGCACGCAAAGUUUCCCACACUGGCUACAAGCGUAUCUAUAACGAACACCCCCCUACCCGUAUAUUAGUGCAAGAUGUUGCACGUGUUAUGCAAGAGGCCACCCAGUCUGGUGGUGUUCGACCGUACGGUGUCAGUUUGUUGAUCGCUGGUUGGGAUGAGGGCGUCGAACCUGAGUCAGGAGAAGCUCAGAGGGGCGACAGUGAAGAUGAGCCUAAAAAGGCAACCGGCAAGACUGGCGGUAUCUUGAAGGGUGGCCCGAGCUUGUAUCAGGUCGACCCAAGUGGUAGUUAUUACCCAUGGAAGGCUACGGCUAUUGGCAAGCAUGCUACGAGUGCGAAGACAUUCCUUGAAAAGCGUUACACUGAAGGUCUCGAACUCGAAGAUGCUAUCCAUAUUGCCCUGUUGACGUUGAAAGAGACCAUUGAGGGUGAGAUGAAUGGUGACACAAUAGAGAUUGGUAUUGUUGGCCCUCCUGCCGACCAUCUGUUGGGUUUUAAGGGUGUCGAAGGUGCCCAGGGGCCCAGAUUCAGGAAGUUGACGAAAGAGGAGAUCGAGGACUAUCUUACCAAUCUAUGA